GGUACAAAAUAACAAUAAACACAAAAGCUUUUGAAUUUAAGGAGUGGUAAUUUAGUUUAAAACAGUUUAACAAUGUAUAGUUUUUAAUGAUAAUAAUUAUUUCAGGAAGGGCGUUAACAUGCAAAUUAUAUUGGUUUAUUUUUAGGAGUGUCUUGGGGGAAAAUAUCUGAGAAUCUAUGGACUAAUAUCGGUAAUAUUGCUUAAUUGGCUGGAUGAUCAAACUCGCCCGAAGGUUGAAUAAUGAAUAAAAAACCGUAAACUGGGAAGUCUAUAGAAACAUUUUAGUAUUAAAGUGUAACUGAACAAGUGAAGAACAACGUUUCUUAGCGAUUUUUUUCCUUUUCCAAACUAAAAAUGAAUUUUAAAAUAUUAGCCGAGUUAAAAAUUGUUUCUUUUUAUUUAAUAAUAAUUGUUUCAUGUUAUAUGUGUGAAUCCAAAUUAAUGUACAAUUGUCAAAACGGAUUUUCAAAAUUUGGAAGUAAUUGUUAUUAUUUAAGUAAAGAAACUGCGACAUGGCAAGAAGCUUUUUUCGAAUGCAAAAACUUGGCAAAAGGAAGUAAACUUGUUGUGCUUGCUAAAGAAGUGGAGGAUCAUAACAUUAGAAAAUUUUUAAAAUAUAGAAAAAAUGAAACAAAAGAAAGAUGGAUAGGGGGCAUUUAUGAUUGGAGCCAAGACCAAUGGAAAUGGGCAACAUCAGGACGUAAAAUUCGAUACAACAGAUUUGAAACAAUACAAAAUUUUAACAAUGAUAAAAACGAUCAAUGGCAGUGUUUAUCACUAGAUCCAAGUAUUGAUUAUAAAUGGAAUGCACAAAGCUGCUUACAAAAAAAAAACUUUAUAUGUGAAACAAAACCUCAACCAGAAUGUGUAAACAUUACAGUUUAAAAAAAAAUUAAAUAUUCAUAAAAACCAUAAUAAAAUUUUAAAUCCAGUUAAAAGAAACAUAUUAAAUGAUUUUAAGAAUA